AUAAAAUGGGCGGGGUUUGCAGACUGUCUAGCCACGCCCACCGUGGAACGCCUUUUCCAAUCAAUGAACCGUCACUCGUGUCACACCUCCUCUCUGGGAACAAUCGGAGCGCCGUGCUUACGUCAUUCACACCCUAUAUCACACGCGCCUGGAGUGCCCCGUGCCGCCGGAAGUAGUUCUAUCAGGAAUGGCGGUUGUUCCGGUUGCCAGGGCAGAGUGGUGUCCGGUGUGAGGUGUUGCCACGGGGAGUGGCGGGAGUGAAAAUGAAUUACAUGCCUGGGACCGCCAGCCUCAUAGAGGAUAUAGACAGUUAGUAUUGGCACCCAGGCACUGACUGGGAAACAGAGCCAGGCUCACAACAGCUGUCAAACUACAACUCCCAUCAUGCUGGGUGCCCUGUUAAUGCUCGGUGUUCUAGAACUGUGCAGCAUGUCAGUGUUGCUCCCUGUGUUGUAUUUUGUGGGGUAUUACGUGUGUCAUGGCUGCCUUAGGUUGGUGAGAGUUGGCAGGGAUACAGUGGGCCCAUUGCCGUGUCUCUGCCCAUGGUUACACAGAGAGUAAGAGUAAUCUGAGUAAUCCAUGCCAAGCAAGCGUGCUUCGUGUGGGGGUUUAUUGGUCCUGCUGCAGUUUAGUUUGUUUAUGUAGUAACAGAAUUAAUCUAAAACGUUUGCCAUGUCACUGUAUUCUAGAAUAGAAUUCGACUGUCUAUAACGAAUUGUAGUAAGCUCUGAGGGCACCGUCUACGAGCCUUGUGUGCUAUGUAUGUUUGUACUGUAUAUGUUGGCCUCACAGCAACUUUGUAAUCAGACGAAACUCCCGGAUGUAAUUUGACUUUUUUUGAGCUGCAUUAAAGGGACACUUAGGAAUGCAAAGCUGCUUUUGUAAGCUGUUUUGAUAUGUCCAAAUGAGAAAUACAUGGUUAAUUGGGAUACAUAGUACUUUCAGGUGUGCAACUGGGAGAAAAGUUUCUACAGUGCUCCUAAGCACUGUGGAGUGGCACCCAGCAGACCUCAGGUAAGAAGUCAAAACUGUUCUAAAAUAGUUUGACUACUUACAGUGGAGGAGGGGUUGGAGCAAUCCUGGCACCAAACCUCUACAAUGUGUUGUAGUGGUUAUGUUUGGAGUUAUAAUUUAAGCAUUUAUCUAAAAUGUAGACCCUUUUUUUUUUUUUUUAAAUCUAUCUCUAGACACAGGAGAGAACCUGAACGCGGUACCGCUGCUUUUUUGUUAAGUGUAUUAAAUACUUAAAUGUUAUCGGAAACCCGCAUGGUCUGUGUGCCAUGUCCUUGUUUAACCCUCUAGAAACAGCCACAUUUACGUUGCAGGGUAUAAUUGUCUUUAAUGGCUGCCACUCUGGCAGCCAUUAGAGGUGCUUCCGCCGAAAUAAAUACUUGGCUGUUUCUAUCAGAUGGUCUAGUAGAAACCAUCUUAUUGAUGUAGUGUUUUGUCUCUUAUUUGUGUUAGCCUCACAAUGCUUUCCUAUGGGCAAGGAUUGGACUGGCUGAGCUAAUCAGUCAUAACGAUAUACAUAGAGGCAGGAUGGCAGCGCAGAGAAAUCACCUCAACCGUUUACUAUCUUACAAAUGUGGAUUCCCAAUGCUACAUUACAGUUAUCUCCACAUUUUUUGUCUUCAUCUCUUUUUCAACAGUCUUAUGGGCAUUUUAUAAACCUAUUUUGAUGAAUAUUACUUUUUUUUCCUUGGCAGGAGGAUUGACAACUGCAUUAAGUUUAAUUUAAAUUUUAGCUAAUGUUUGUUUCCCUUAAAUCUUGUUUUUUACAGAAAAACACUUAGUGCUCCUUCGAGAUGGGAGAACUCUUAUUGGGUAUCUGAGAAGCAUUGACCAGUUUGGUGAGUUUAUAGCAAUUACAUUAUGCAGUGUCUUCAGGACAAACCUAGGCAUGGCAUCUUUUCAAUGUCACAGAUCUUCAAUGAUAGGCUUGGUCCCCUGUUGGCUUAGCACUAAAUACAGCGGUUAUAAGGAUUCCAUUGAGAGAGCAGAAUGGAUUAUUCACUAAAGAAUUCAGUUGUAGCUGACCACGGGUAACCCGACCGGUUACCUCUGCUAAUUCCUUCACUCAGCCACUCUGGAACCAUUAAAACCUGCAGACAUCCAUUCUCCCAGUAACCAGACGUAACCUAGUUCUGGGAGUCAACUGAUUUUAUUCAGGCCACACAUGGCUUUUAUGCCCUGACCCCCGCAUGGGGUCUCCAACACACAAAUACAGGGUUUUCAAACACAGGGUCCUCUGUGCCUGAGAUACAUUUGUGGAAAAAAAACUAAUCUUAUCUCUCAGGAACAGAAAAUCUUUACAAAAUAUAUAGUACCCCAAAAGUGCCCCCACAAUACUCUGGAAUCCCACAAAAGGUAUAUCCCCGAUCUGAGUGCAUAACAUAUCCAAAGAUCACUCAGAUCGGUGAAACGGAAAUGCCAUCGAUAUAAAGUUUUGACCAACCAGACACGAGGCGGUAGCCCAAAUCCGUUCCAGGGAAAUAUUUGUCCUGGCCGGCCUCUGUUUAGGGUUUUCUGUGCGAACACCAUGCAAGGGAAUCUCUUCAUUUCAGGAUACGAAUGCUUCCCCUGUUCAGUAGUUCAUAUCUCCUGAACAUCGUUCGUAUACGUGGUCGUGAAAUAGAACGUACAACGGUCUAAUCUUUACCAGGGUUCGUGCGAGUGCCUCGUCGCAAAGAGUUCCAGGCACUCUACAACAAAGUACCGCUGCCCACGUUCGGCAGACAAGACUGCCACCAUUCUUUUGUCGACCACGUGUGUUCGGUUAUAUGAAAUGGUGGCCGCCCAGGGGUAGCAUUCAUUACUUCCCUUGCGGUUUCGAACUUAAGUUGCUGGUGUGAACGUUGCAGAUUGGCUAUCUUGGCCUAAAAUUUGAAAUCCCUUUUGAAUUCCACUUGAGGGAAUAACACUGCUUACAUGCUCGGGACCUAUAAUGUAAUUUUGGUUUUGUUUCCGCAAGCCUUUUUUUUUUUUUUUACAAUCUUAGAAAUUACUUUUUCGGUUUUCUUUGCUUUCAUAUAUGUUGGACCCAUUGCUGUCUAAACUGUUGUUGGUUUUCUGGUUUUUAGAUACGAAUACAGUGCUUAUCAGCCAGGGAAACUGAGCAUCAUCCAUACUCGUAGAGGAGUAUUCCAGUCAAAAGGCUAACGAUCUUAGGCAUUUGUAUAAGAAAAAAAAUUCACACCAUAGGCCUGUAUUGUAUUUUUUAUAUGUUCAUUAAAAUAGUGACAUGCUGUAGGGCCAUGAGAUAUGUUUAAUAAAAAAAAAUAGAGACUGCAGGAACAUGUCUUUGCACUAAAAUCCCAUGCAUGAGAUUAAGUAGUUGUGGUGCUUGGAGUGACACUUUAAUCAUCGUAACCUGUACUAGGCAGUCUCUUGUUUCCUCACUGCUAUUUAAGGGAUACUCUGGCACCAUGACAACUUCAUCAAAAUGAAGGUUUUAUGGUGCCAGCAGGUCACUGAUGUUGCAAAGUCUUCAGUCUGGCAUCUUGUGUCCAAUAUUUCCUGAGUGACUUCUCAUACUUCAACUUUCUGUUUAACGCUUUAAUCCCUGAAGGUAAGCCAGCAUGAGGGAUCUGGCUGCAUCAUACCUUUAUGUUGAAGUUAUGGUACCUGCAGGGUUUAAAUACUCCUGCCAUAUUUUGUCAUGUUGAAUAGCUACCAUAUGUUAACAGUAUUUUUAAUUGUAUAGCUAUAAUCUGUAGAGAUUUGUCCUUUGAUUUUGUAUGAGUUAAGGAACAAGAGUCGCCAUAGUGACUACAGCAUCCUGUAGUGGUUUUAGUUCAAUUUGUGCCCUGGUUUCCACCCAGUGUAAUUAGUCCACUUUGCUAAAGGUUUGACAACUUAACUGAGAGCCAUUUCCUUGAGAGCUAGAAGUACCAUACAUAAGUUUUUGUUGGCUCUCCUGAGUUAAAUCCUCCCAUGAGGGGCCAGCCCAUAGGCUGAGAGCAGCAUCACUGCAUUUUCCCCCUUCUUUCAUUGUAGGUACAUCUAAAAGCAGUUUGCUAAAGCUGUAGAUCUCUUGUCUGUGUCUGUUGCAAGCCCUCUCCUAACGCAGGCAAAACUUUCUUUGGCUGUCCCAUUAGACUUCCCAAUGUAGCUCAAGGGGAAAUCUUUGCAAGGCAGGUGCUCUGGGCAAUUGCUGACAUUUCAAUUUUUUUAGCUUCACUGAGCUAAACAACCAGGAAGUAACAUCAGUGUGACAUCCAAGGGAGUGGAACAAGGUUAAAGGCACACUAUAUUCACCAGAACUACAGCUUAAUGUAGUUUUUCUGAUGAGUAUAACCAUUCCCUGCAGGCAUUUUCAGGUAAACCAUAACUUUUCAGAGUGGCCACUGGAGGUGAGCAGCACUGCUGUUCAGCGUCUCCACAUUUUACAUGGAGAUGCUAAAUUUGCCUCAUAGAUUCAAUAAAUCUAUGAGGAGGUGCUGAUUGGCCAAGCCGGCAUGUGGCUCCUUUCUUUGUCGAUUUUAAGUUAAUUCAAUGCUUUUCAUAUGGGAAAGCAUUGGAUUUUCUGAAAAAUAAAUCAUAUCAGCAAGGAGGCUGAUUGUGGGCGGGGCAAGCAAUGGCAGAUCUGUGUGGUGCUGGAAAUAAGGAAAGUUUAAUAACAUUUUUGCAAAUUAAGGGGGGGGGGCACCUAACUAUGAUUUUUUUUUUUUUUAAAUAAGCACCAUAGGGUCAGGUAUUCAUGUUUGUGUUCCUGACCCUAUAAUGUUCACUACGUAAAACACAAAUUACUUUAAGUGCAAUAGAGACUUGAAAUGUCCAUCUAACUUGUUUUAUAUUCUGGUAGAGUGAAAUAUAGUGGACAUGUGGUACUAAGCAGAGUUUUAAACCAGACAUGCGUAACCUCCAGCCAGUGUAUGUUUCGGGCGGGCCCAUGAAGACAGAGCCAGUGCUACCAUAAGGUGGCACAGGUGGCUGCUGGGGUCUGCAGGAUAUGUUUGACCGGCAGGAAGAGAGUGCACUGCACUCCCCUACCACUAGUCACUGUGGCUAAGCCACAGACAACGGUAGAAAAGCUUCUGUAUUCUCUACCUGGUCUCUAAGGACGCCAAACUUUUUCCUGUCAGACCGGGGAGAGUGAACAAGAGCAGUCUGCGACUCAGCCAUGCUACAAUGAGGGAGAUGAGCAGGCACAGGGGAGAAGAGAAACCACGGAAGAAGCAAGACGCAUAGACUCAGAAUGGCUGGUAGGAGUAAAAGAAUGUGCUGGGGGGAAAACACACUAAAGGGGCUGCACUGAACAGAUGUACAGAGGGCUUGAUAAGUCGAGAAAGACACCCAAAGUAGUUCUGGUUUCUACUUCCUGUUCUUGCAGUGUUUACAUUACUGCCUAGGAACACCUCCGGUAGCAGUCAUUCAAACAGCCACUAAAAGUGCUUUCUGUGUCAGGCUGAUCAGCAUCGCUAAGGUGUUCAUGGAGGUGUUGAACUUCUCACUAGAGAUGCAUUGAGUGUAUGCAUCUCUAAAGAGAUGCUAAUUUUGUGCAAAGUGGCGUUUUGCUGCGCAUAUUUGAUGGCCUCCCAAUGCUGUUGUAUGGGAAAGCAUUGGAUAUACUGAGAUUAUAAAGUUUGAUGCAAGCCAAGAGGACAAAGUGUAAGCAGGGCCAGCUGCUUCCAGAUCUGUGUGGCACUGAAAUAAGGUGAUUGGUGAUAACUGGGGCCCGGAGACCUAAAUGGCUAUUUAGUAGAUAUUCGAAAGUAGGUUCAAGCACUCAAGGUUUCUUCAAAGGCAGAUUAAUAGAAUACUGAACUUGCAACGUUUCAGCCUUUACAGAGGCCUUUGUCAAGCCUCUGUGAUCGUCGAAAUAUUGCAAAUUCAGUUUUCUAAAAAUCUGCCUCUGAAGAAACCUUGAGUGCUUGAACCUACUUUCUACAAAUAUCUGCUAAAUUUGGUUUUGCCAACCUGGUCUUUGAUACACCUAGUUUUCACUGUGAGAGUGCGGUAUCCAUUUAUGUUUGAAUCUAAACAACUAUUUUAGACCUAGUGUCAGAAUACAUGUUUCUGUUCCAGACACUAUAGUUUUCCUUUAAGGAUUAUCUGCAAUUUAUUUAUUUUGCAAAAACCCACCAGGUAAUAAAUCUGCUGGAUGUGGUGGCUUAGUAUAACACAAGAGGGAAGACUUACUCGCCUUCUGCUACUUUCUCCAUUGUGCUACCAUCUUUCCCUGUCCUCUGUCAUUGACCUAGCAAGCCAGGACUACAAAGAAAAUAUUUGUAUGUAAAUGUCCAUUGGAUCCUCCACAAUUCUUGUGCACGCAUCUGUUGCAUGCUAAAUAAAGAUUCCUUCUCCCAGGCUAGCACUUAAGAUGUCAAAGUGAAUACAAGACCCACUGGUAAUGGAUGUACAUUCCAGUUUGUCGUGUAUCAAAGGAAAACUGUCACAUAAACACAAAUUUUAUUUUUUAAAUAAUCUCUUCAAGUAUAUGUAAAAAAAUGAGUAAUGGUCAUCCCCAACAGACCUGCACAUUUAGGUGGCCCAUUCACUUGGGGGCCACCCAGUGGGCAUAUCUCCAGUGGCCCAGUUGGACGCUGUGGAGCUUAACAGCAUGGCCGGAUCCCAUGUUCAUCGGCAGCAUGGGAGGAAGUGAGAGCUGCGAGUCACUUCCGACCAUAGCUGCGCACAGGGAGGGGGAGGAUGCGAGGAGGGGGCCAAGCCGGGAAAGACUGGAGUCACACGAAGGGAGCAGAAAAGGGCAGGAGCCAGCCCCCAACAUCCUCAGACUGGACACAAGGGUAAGUCAACCUACAGCACCCAAACUGAAGAGUGGCUGUAAAAGUGUAUAUUUUGACCUGUAUGUGGGUGUCUGUCUGACACACACACUGUGUGUCUGUUUGUCCUUAUGCCUGCCUGCCUAUCUGUAUUUUUAUGUAAUUUUAUACCUUUACUUGGAAAGUGAGGAGCUAAAAAUCUGUAGUCCAAAGAAGUUUAGCCUAUAUAAUUUUGGCCCUACCUACUGCCAAGUUGUGCAGAUCUGACAUGACAUGAUCCUUCAGAUUCUGUCCUAAUCUAGGGAUUAGUUGUUUGCUUUUUAUUUAUUUAUUUUUUUUAUAAACCCCUUCAUAUACUUAAUUUAACAAAGAAUAUAUUUAAAUAAAAUAGCCGAUGUGACUUUUUUUUUUUUUUUUCUCCUUAAGCAUGUAUUAGAUAAAGUAGUCCACCAAAGAGUAUUGAAAUUAGAGGGGGGGAAAAAACAAACUUUUAUUUUAUUUUAAUCACAGCUAACCUUGUGUUGCACCAGACUGUGGAACGGAUUCACGUUGGGAAGAAAUAUGGGGACAUUCCUAGAGGAAUUUUUGUUGUCAGAGGAGAGAAUGUAGUCCUACUUGGAGAGAUUGUAAGUAAACUGUCUUUGACUUUUGAAUUCUUUAUUUUGCUCUUCUUGCUGACCUAAUGAGAAGUGCAAACGUUGUCUUCUGUAUUUAAUUGCAUGAAGAUCUUAUUUGAUGACUGCAAUAGGUCCCAGAGGUUGACUGAACAUUGUUGGGAGAGAGGACAUUGUACCCUUUAUAAUAAACUUUCUUUAAACCACACUAUCUUUUCAUGAGUGUUCAAGCUUUAUUGAAAGGUUAUUCCAAGCACCAUGAGUACUUUAGUGGUUUUAAGUGAUCGUGGUGAUUAAAGUCUGUAGUGUAGCAUUUCAUUAAGACACUCUGCUCGUACAGAGAAACCACUUUGCUGCUGGAGGAUAGAAGCAAUUCUAAGCGUAAAGGGAAUCAGUCCGCGCGCAUAGCAUGAGGACUAUGUACAAAGUCCUUCCUCAACUAUGCCUCCAUGAUACCUCUCUGCUCCUGAAAUUUUAAUAAUUUGAGUUUGACAAGCCAUAUAGACACUUUUUAGCAGGGUUGUAUCAGCUUCUGCAUGGAGUCUGCUUGCAAGACCAAAUCUUGGCAGCAACUGCUGCAUGCUAUUGACUUACCUUGUAUGCUUUUAUUGUAAUAGACUAUAAGAAUGCCAAUCAUGGAUGCAAAUUGAAAGGUGUGUUUUUUUGUUUGUGUUUUUUUUUUUUUAAUUCCUCCAGUCUUUGGGAAAUAGCGGGUCAAUCUAAGCCUCAUAACCACUCUGUAUGAUUGCAAAGUGCAUAGUAUGUUUGACAGCGGGCUGAACCAGCAAUGUUGACAUACUUCUACUACAGGGCAACCAAACAGGCAUGCAGUGUAAAGUGUGCAUUUUGCCCAUAUUGUGCUUGCACCAUAGGGAAGGCUCUUUCCCUUCCAGUAGAACCAUGCCACAGACUGCACAUGUGUAAUAUGCAUCUAAACCGAUGUUAAAACAUAGCCUGGUUCAAUAAACUGCAGGCCUGUUUAUGAACUGAUAGCAGUCAUAUAAUGGCUGCUCUCAUUGUGAGUAGUUGAGAUGAUUUAAACCUCUUUGGUUGUAAACUACUUAUGCCAAAUAGCUCUGCUAGACAGGAAACUUUAGAAUAUGAUCUCUUUCCACUAAGAAGGAUGAUUCUUCUAAAAUGGAAAUUUCUGUGAAAGGGGUCUGCAUGCAUUUUCAGGCUCACCCACUAAGCAGUGCCCUGAGGGAUAGUUUUAGAAAGUGACUGUUUUUUAAUAGUUUGAAUAACCACACUAAAAACUUAGAUGAAUAAUUAAACAAAAGCAGGCUAUAGGCAGUGUCCCAUUUUUGAGGAAAACUGGCCUUUUCCCUUUCUUUCCUCCUUCACUCAUAUUGGUAAUGAGGAAAUAUUCCUUCUGCGCAAUCUUUAAGGUAGUGAUGGAAAAUACACCCUAUGAAUUUGUUGGGGUCUUGAGUGGUCUGCAUGGUCUGACCUGUUGGACACAUUUAGCCCAAUACAGCAAGAGUUAAAUCACUGGCUGCUUGGUUUUAUAUACAGCGAUUUCAAUCUGUAGCCUACACAUAAAACUACACACAAUAGUCUAUAAGACUAUUAAGCUACCUGCUUUGUAGUUUAUCUGUACACUGUUCAUAUGUGGUGGUGUUACGAGGAGAUACAUUUAAGCUUGCAUUGUAAAUAGCACCAAGCUUGAGUUUUAGGGUCAAUAUUCAGCAUUUAAAAUGUUACUUUUUCUUUUAAGUAUUCAUGGUGAAAUAAUGGACUACAUUUAGGCAUUCUAUGCAUGUAGGUGUAGAUGUUUUCCAAGAUAGUCAUGAAAUUCAAAUCAUUUGGAUCAAUCCAGGUGGAGAAAAUGCAAUCUUUUACAAGGGGUUCUACAACAAACACUGUUCUAGGUCUGGGUGGAUAAUCUCUCUAAGUGAAGAAACCCCCCCCAAAAUAGAAAGAUCUGUCUAUUUAGGCCUAUUCAUAAGUACAGUCCUGCACAGCAACAGCAUUUUAGCCAAUCAGGUAAUCAGGACAGCCCGGUUCCCCUCAGAUUUUAAAAUCUGGAUACCGCAGAUGGUUAACUCCUCCAGAGACCAUGAAACCCCUAAUGUAGGAUAGCGAUCAAUCUACACUGUACUAAAUAUCAUAAAGGCAAAGAGCACCACUGUCUAUAUAAGAACCAAAACAUGAACUUACUCCUAUGAAAGGGUUAUGUCAGAGUGGAAAGGCAAUAUAAUAAAGUAACAAUAAAAAAUUUGCUCUCUAUCAGCUGAAAUAAAGUACACUUUUUUUUUUUUUUUUUAACUGGACUGUAGCCAGGGAAAAACACUGGUGGGACAGGGAAUCCGCCAGUUUGUUUGCCUCUCCUGGUGCAUGAACUGCCAAAAAUUAGAAUUUUGUGAACCAUCGCCCAGGACCAUAGGUCCAAAACCUCUAGGCAAAGACCUUUUGACCUUGUGCCCCUCUUUGGUUGACAUAAGCUACCGCUGUCCUGUUGUCAGAUUGAACCAUUACCGACACACCUAGGGGUUCAACGGAACGAGGCCUUGGAGGGCUAAUCUGGAUGCUCUCAACUCUAGUAAACUUAUGUGAAGAAGCCUUUCUUGAACUGACCAAACUCCUCUUGUGCCUUGGGCAGAGAAGGCACCCCAUCCCUUGGAAGAAGCAUCUGUGGUCAUGGUUAACUUGAAAGACUUUUCCAGAAGGGGGAAAGGGAAGUGGACUUCCAAUAUCUUGUUUAGCUUUUUUCUGAAACUCUUGGGAAGGACCACUCUUGACCCCCACUGGCCACCUCGUCUCAGUUGGUUUCCUAGAAACAGCUGACUUUGUCUACACAGCAAGGGGGAAGCAUCAUAACCCGGUGUUAAAGCGAUCAGCCUCCCAAUAGUCUUUGCUAUUUCUCUUAGGGACCAUCUGUAUUUUAAAAAGAGCUGAAGUUAAUUGAGCUAGGAUUUUUUUCCCAUUUGUCUCGAACACCCAAUGUCCUAUCCAUAGUGUUCAGCAUGAAACCCAAAAAUAGGAUGUUUUGAGUAGGGACUGGGAUGGCUUUUUGCAGAUUUACAAUAAACCUCAGAUCCUGUAGUAAGGAAAUUGGGGUAAUCUCUCUGCUGAAUGAGAGCCUCUACCUCUGGAUUCAACAAUAGUAUGUCUAAGUAAAAAAGGCAUAAAAAAUAUAAUGGCUUUCAUUAUCCUGGAAAAUGUGUAAGGUGUGUUGGAUAGGCCAAACAGCAUUACAGUCCAGUGAUAUACCUGUUCCUUCCAGCGGAAUCUGAGAAAGCGUCUGUUUCAUAGUGAUAGGAACUGAAUGAAAAGCAUCUUUGAGGUCUAAUUUUAUGCAGAAGACCUUUUUCUGCACUAGGCCUGGGAGGUAUUUUAAAGCUUCCGUCUUUUCCUCUUUAGAAAAAGCAUUCAAAGCCUUGACCUUUAGUACUGGCCUCUACGUGCAUCUGAUUUUUGGAAUAGGGAACAAUCCAGCCUGAAACUGACAAAUCUGCCAACUCUAUUUCCCUGAGCUAAUGCCUGGGAAAGAAAUCUAGAACUGGAUCUACCUCUCUGCCCACAGCUUGACUCUGGAAAAGAAACUGAGUUGAAAGCCCCUUUUGAAAAUCUGAAGCACCCAUUUGUCCGAGGUUAUCCAAUUUUGAGGAAUGUGAAGUAAACCACUUGCUUGACUGCAUGAGUCUUUGGUUUCCUGAUGAGCCACGUCUGGCAUGGGCUCCUCUGCUACUGCUUGGGGGUCUUGACUUUCCUCAUGGUGACGAAAGUGGGCUUGCUGAGUAACUGAGUAACUUCCAUGGGAUCUGCAGAAACACUGCUUCCUGUAAUACACAACAGAGGUGGAUCAAUUUCAGGGGCUAUUAGUGCCUGAAUGUCAGGGAUACCAAUAUGAUUGCUUUCUAAGGAGGAGAUCAUAUUCUUCAACUAGCAGUGAUCUGAAGGCUAGUUUGGCGAAAUCACGGACUUCUGACUUUUGUUCGAUGGCCCAUCUUGAAUGGAAUAAUUUUAAAGGGAGCACUUUACCUAAAAGGCUCACUCUAUCCAUCUGAAUGUUGCUCAACUUCCCUCGCUCAGUGGAAGCUGCAGAGCGAACCACCUCCUCGGACUCCCAAUCAAUCUCCGGUGAUCGUUGUCUGGAACAGGACUGGCUUAGGGAGGAUGAAUGAGCAAACGCUCUUGAGGUGGACGGUGAGGGACUGGCAGCACUCAAAUGAGUCUUUUUGUGUAAAAACUGGUUUGAAACCUCAAGGGAAACACGUUUUGCUUUUGGAGGUACCGUCCCUUUAAAACAUAGACUAAUCAAACGAGAAUGAAGAGGGACCAAAAUAGAGUUCAUCAGAACUUGAAGAGUAAAAUCAGCCUUUUUAUUUAUUUAUUUUUCUUAAUUUACACGAACUGGGACUAUAUCCUCAGAAGAUGAAGAGGAUAGGUCUCUGGCAAGGAAGGCUCUCGUAUGGAGCCUUCUAACGUUGAUGGGGCUGUCUCUAGGAGAGACCUCCACCAGAUCUGUUGCAGACACAGAAGUGGAGUCCUCCAAUGUUGCUAUUUUAAAAUCUGAGGUGAUCAGGGCUGCUGCGAGCUACACGGCUGUACUGAUUGGCUAAAACACUGUUGCUGUGCAGGAGCACAGCACUACCAUUUUUUUAGCGCUGCAAAAUCCUUCUCCGGGAGGCUGCCACAUAACCACUAGCUUUGCUAGGUGGUUAUGCCUCCCGGAGGGACAAAAGGAAAGUACACAUGCUUUAAAUUCUAUGGUUUUACAUAUUUGUAACAACUAUUUGUUCUUUAGCAGGUUUUAACAUUGGGUAUACACAACCUCAGAUAAACCAUGAAUGACAUUAGUGUCAUGGUUUUAUUUAACAAAAAUAAAGCCAAACUGGAGAAGCUUUGUGUGUGGGGGGGGAAAUACUAGUGCCAUUACUGUCACCUACGAUUCGUGUGAGUUUGAAUGCAGUUCUUAUUUAUGUGUUUGGGGGUUUUGUCGUGCUGUUUUGUAUGGGGGAGGUGGGAGGAAAUCUACCGCACUGCCUCGCCACAGGAAAAAAAACAGUUGGUGCUGGAUUAAAGUGGGUCUUCAUAAAAUCUGCACUCAAAGGGUUGAUUUUAUGGGGUUUUUUUUUUAAAGUACUUGUCAUAACCGUUUUGUUUUACAAAAAAUGUUUAACACCAGUGACAAAUUAAUAACUUGCGAAGUUAGCAUCUCUUUUGCAACCAUUGAGGGUAGGGGCGAGGGAGGGACACUAAUUCUUAUAAUCCUUUUCUUGAAGUCUCUUAAGAGAUCAAGGGCAUCAAAAAUACUAAAUGCAUAUCUAGUGAUAAUCUGAGUGGUGUCACUCAGUCAAUGGGUAAAUGAACCAGCCAUUCCUCUAACUUGUGUAAUGAUUCACUGCCAAGUUGGUUCUGAUGGUUUUUACUUGUACACUGCAGCUCCACAUGUUGGCGGUAGUAUGCGAUUACCACAGGGCAAUUAAAAACGGCUGGCGGAGGCUCACAAACUGGCAGCCCAUGUGGACUCCUGCGUCCGGCAAAGGACUGAUGGGGAGAUGUCACUGGUGUCCUGUAUAAGACUGUUUUAGCCACUUUGGGACGUUCUAUAAAACAAAAAGUGCAAUUGCAUGAUGAUCAUUGAGAAAACCACUGCCUUGUAUAAAACACUUUGAAGAGAGACAUUCCGAAUGGGAAAAACAAAGAACCAGCAUGAAAUUUAAACCAUAGCCAAGUAAAACAAUGAAAGGAACUAGCAGAGUAAAAUUAAAUCUAUAGAACCUUGAAUGAGUGCAUUAAAGUGGCACUGUCAUGCCGAACUUACCUUUCCUCAAUCACUUCCUCUUCUCCCCCUCUCUCAGGAUCUGUUCUUCUUUUCUUCCUGUCUUCUUUAGUUUUCUUUAAAAUCAUAAGACAAAAUAGGGACUCUUUGCCUUAUGGAGGAUUCCUCCGCUUGACCAGCUCUGACCGGCGGAGGAGCAAAAUGUGCUUCAUUUCUGCUGGUCAGAGCAAUUUUCCCAUAACUCUUACCUUUCCUCUGUGUUCCCGCAAUGCUUCCUCUUAUUUUACACAAAACUGCCGAAUUGCGUUCUAACUGAAUGAGAACAGUAUGUUCGUUUCUUUUAGAACGCAAUUCGGCUCUUUAUUCGUAUCGGAAUUUCAUUCGAAUGAAUGAAACUCUGAUCCUAUUCUUGCUGUGGCUGCAUCUUGCAGCCGCUUAGUAGAUAACUCCCUAAUUCCCAUGGUAUUAGGGAGCUAUCUACUAAAAGGCUGAAAGACCUAAAUUGGUCUUUCAGCCACAUUUACUAAUACUAAGGAAAAAUUAGUAUAUGGGGGGCGGGUAGACUUAGGGCCCCCACCUGCCGCCGCCCGGGGGUGGGGGGGGAGGACAGUAAGUCCACCGCCCUCCGCAUUCUUUAUGGCUGCUGCUCUGUGGGGGCCAGAAGGGGGCGGACUAUAGGUCCACCCCUCAUCAUUAUGGCAAUAGGUCUCCCCUCCCUUAUUUUACUUUUGGGCCCCCACCCCACACUGUUUAGUGGACAUACCCCUACUCUCAUUUAUAGCGAGUAGGGGCAUUGGGGAGAUUUUAAUCUCCCUUGUGCUAUUAUGGGAGUCAUAUUGACCCCCAUAGAGUCAGGGGGGGCUUAUGAAGUGGUGGGGAGCACUGCUCCCUGCCACUUCUAUCUUUACAUAUUACAAGGAGGGAGCUGCAUGCCGGUAGCUCCCUCCUUGUAAUAAACUGAAUGAACAAACGAACACUGAUAUUCAGUGUUAGUUUGUUCGGCUGAUAUUUCUAUUCACUCAUUCGUCUGUCGAAUGAAUGAAUAGAUGAAAUUCCCGUUCGCAUGUCCAGGUGUUUCACUGGGCAUGCGUGGGAAUCUCAGUGCUAUCUAGUGUGGGCAGAUGACGUGUCCCAUAGGGACUUCAUCUACCCACACAAAGAUGGCGGCGCCCUGAAUCAAGAUCGGGGCAGAAAAUAAGGAAUAAAAAAUAGGCAUUUGGGGGUGACUAGGGUGUCAGAUGUAGUGGAGGCCGGAGGGGGGUAAAAAAAAAGAUUCGGCAUGAAAGUACUGUUUUAAAAUGUUAAAUUGUAAAAGUUGAACUCAAAAAGUAAGAAUAAGGGCUAAUGUAAUGUCAAAAUUUACCCCAAUAGAAACUGUCUGGCCCAAGGUCUAUGUGUGGCUGAAGGAUCCUGUUAUACUAAAAGUUGUAAUAAAGAGGGGUGUUAAACACCCAAACACAAUUUCCUUUCAAAACAUUUAUGAACGGAAUGUGUUUAAAUAGUUUUGAGAUGACGGUAGUCUUGCAAGAAAAAUGCUAGCUAAAUGGCAACCGUGAUUUCAAAACUCUUCACAAAGAAUGUCAAGUCUUUUGAGUGUUGCAGUCUGUACUCAAGGUUCAUCUACUGUCGGAGUCACUGGUUUAUAAAAGUCUACCUUUUCUGUUUCACUGGCAAUAUGGAUAGGAAACCAUUGCUCGGGUGACAGAUUCACACCCAUGUAUCCCUGCAAAUUGUUGCAUAGCUCAUUCUACUUGGAUUAACUACCAAGCUAUAUCUGUAUUGCACCUCUUUAAGUUGACAGAUGCCCAUCUAACAUUAAAGGGUUGGACAGCACUAGUGUAAAAUCUUCCUGCUAAAAAUGUUUUCGGUUUUUAAUUUUUCUUUGUCACUUCUCUUUUCCCCUAAUUUUCUAAUAUAAUGCUUGACACACUCUAAAAUUUUAGAAAGAUUAUCAAACCAUGUUAAAUCAAGGCCCAAGUUCUUUGUUUUUCUCUUUAGGACCUGGAGAAGGAGAAUGACACCCCUUUAAUUCAGGUGUCCAUUGAGGAAAUAUUGGAGGAGCAACGUGUCGAGCAGCAAAGCAAACAGGAAGCUGACAAGAUCAAAGUCCAGGCUCUGAAAGAACGGGGUCUGUCCAUCCCACGUGCAGACACUCUGGAUGAAUAUUAAACUAUUGGUGGACAGUGUGACCAUUUCUGUAAUUACAAUAGAAAUGUCCUAGUGUGGGAUAAUUCGUUUUUUUUUUUUGUUUGGGGUUUUUUGGACUUCCAUAUUGCAGACCUACUAUGAAAUAGUUUGUUCGUAAAAUGCAGUUAUAUUUUUUUUUUUUUUUUAAAGAAAACAUGCCGGCCCACUAGCAAUUCUAUUGCAGAACAAACUUGUUUUGAGGAGUGGAAAAGCCUAUUAAACCGCUGCCUUUUUUUUUUAUUUUAAUGGUUUUUCUUCUAACCUUUUUGAAUCUGUAAAUGACUGUCUUAAGUAAAUGGACAAGUUGAGAAUUAUGAAGACAAUCAACUUUGUCCUUGUACAUGUAAAUACAUCUGUUAACUAUUUGCUAAAUAAUUCCUAAAGAAUUAAUGAUCACUUCGGGAAGUAUGUGAACUUUUUAUUUUAUAUAUUUUUUCCCUCCCACAUUUCAUCUUAAAAGCAGUAAAUCUGUUUAGUUGCCUUUUUGUAUUUAGUCUCACAGCGUGUGUUUUGUGGUCUCUGAGGCUUCUGUCACUUAAAAGGUGGUGUUUUGUAAAGGCUUCUGUUAUACUUUUUGUUACCAGUCACAAUUGAAGAUCUGAUGGUUUAUACUGUGUAGUAGAAAUUUUCCAACUUGUUAAUAUCUGGCCUAUACUCUACAACUCAGUAUAGCUGCCUGUUAACUAAAUUUACUCUCUGCAUGUGUAUAAACAAUUUUAGUUUCCCAAAUGGCUAAAAUAACAAUCAGUGUUAGAAUUCAGUUUUUUAAUUGCAGUUUAAAGAUAUUCACAUCUAAAGAGGGAAGAGAAAUCUUGCCAAAACCUAAAUUGUAAAGAUAAUCCAAUAUAUAUAAAAAAAAUAAAUGGUGAAAUGGCAUGGUAUGAUUUGGCUUUGUCUUUCGUUGAUCUUUUAUAUGAAGAUAAGAUCUACAAAUCAUUGUGGUCAUGUAUAAAGUAAGAAACUUAAAUAAAACUCGGGCACACACUUAUUUGUGGGGAAACUGAAUUCAAGAGUUGUCAAUAACUGAAAAUAGUUUAUAUUGACAUCAGCAUAUGCACGCAUGUGUUUAAAACUGUUUAAUUUUUUUAAAGAAACUUUAUGUCCAGUACCAUAUUUACAUGCAGUGUUAUUGACUGUUUACCAGGUUACUGUAAAAAAGCAUGUAGCACAAUGAGUGAUAAGUAUUUAUGUAAUUGGGCUUCAAUUACCCCCAAUGGGCCUACUGCUAUCUCUAACCUUAAUGAACUGCCCACUAUAGAGGCUCCAGGGUUGAGAAAUACUGGGGGGGGAAGGUGGAUUUUUCCUCCUUUUUCCAAUUUAUAUUUUGGGGGAAGAUGUUUGUUCGUUUAAAGUUUCACUUGAGGUUUUGCCAAUCAUUUUUAAAUAAGAGGCUGGAGAGAAAUAGGCCAUUUCUAGCUGAAACAAUCUACAAUACUGCGAGCAAACAAUGGAGGGAGAGGUGGGGGUCCCGGCAGUUCUGCAACAUUGUUUUUCUCCACAGCUUCCAAACCGGAUCCUUGAAGUGAGCCCUGAAAUAUAAAAGCACUUUCCCACUGUAAUUGCUCCACUGACCCCAAGCAAUUCCUGAUUUUCUGCCUAUGCUCAGUUCACAGAACCAUUAAACUAUGCUUAACUACUGCUAACCUGCCUCACAACUACUUUACACAUUUUAACUCUUACCUUGCCACCCUGCAUAUGUGGCCUCAGUGGCAGUACAGUUAAUGUCUCAUGAGGUGGAUUCCCUACAAGUCAAUGCUGAUUUUAAGAUUGAGCCUCAACAUGUAUACAAUUUUGGAAAUAUCUAAAAAAAUUUAAAUUAGAACUAAUGGUACCACCGUUGAUGUGUUGCUAUAACUUAUUAUGUUUAUCGGGCUUAUUCACUAAAGUUAAUACUGUAGGGAAUAUUAAUGUAUAUCACAUUUAAAGAGACUAUAGGCACCCAGACCACUUUAUCUCAAAAUAGUAUGGGUACAAUGGCCCUGUCUUUUCAACUCUGCAAGUGAAUAUAGUGCUUGUUUAGAUUGCACAGUUAUCAUGCAUCUAGUGGGUAUCUUAUAGACAAGCGUUAGAAUUGCUUCCACCACAGUAGCAGAGUUAAACUUGGCUAUUCAAUCAGAUGAUAUUGUAGAAAACAUUUGAUUGGCACACCACUGCAUGUGCAAUAGCUUCCCAAUGUUUUCCUUUGGGAAAACAUUGGAUUGAUUGAGAUCAUAAAGACUGAUCUCUGCCAAGUUAGUGGCGAUAGCUGAAAGGUAAAAUAUUAAUCGCCUAUCAAAACCUCCCACCAAAUAGAGUAGAUUUAAACUCUAGCGUUUGUAAUACAAAUGUAUUCCUAAUGCUAAAGUGUUACAUUAAUGCCAAAAUAUCUGAACUGAAAGCAUAACAGCGUUGGAGAAUCUUUCCCGUUUGGUUACUUUAGCCUUAAAUUUGACAUAAGAUCAAUCUUUGUUGUAGAGGGCCAGGUAUGUCAGUACAGAUUUCAUUUAAAUGGGACACUGUAAGCUCCAAAAAAUCAAACUUAUGUUUAAUGGAGUGGUUAUGGUAUAUAGAUCAUGGUGCUGCAGUCUGAGCACUUAACGCCCUUUAGGAGUUCUCACUUUGUUUUUGCAAGCACCUUCUCUUCAUUAAGUCUAUUCAUUAAGUUUGAAUAUGUUUAGCUAAUGUACUAAUUGUUUGCAGGUGCUCAUUGAGUAUAGUUGAUCUUUGGUUUGGGUCAUAUAUUCAUGAUUUGGUUUUAUUUACAAAGCGCCAACAAAUUCUGUAGUACUUAUCCAUGUUAAUCCCUUUACAAAAAUGUUUUGCAGCAUAACCCCACACCUCUUAUUUAUG